GACAGACUCGGUCUGAACAGACAGGAAAAAAACAAGGAACAGAUCACAACCCUCUGGUCUUUGACAGACAACCUUUUUUUUAUAUGAAAAAGUCAAGUUUAGAAGAGGAUUCGAAUUGCAUAGGAUUUAUUUAACAGCUUUUAAAAUGGAUGUCCCAGAGAACUCCCCAGGGAAUAUGGGGCUGCUGAAAACUUUCGACGCUUCUGAGUUUGGGAGUUGGGAAAAGAUUGGCUCCGGCGGCUUCGGACAGGUGUACAAAGUACGACAUAUGCAGUGGCAAACAUGGCUGGCUAUCAAGUGCCCUCCCAGUCUUCAUUCUGAUGAUAAGGAGCGUGCAGAACUGUUGGAGGAGGCGAAGAAGAUGGAGGCGGCUAAGUUUCGCUACAUUCUUCCUGUAUACGGCAUCUGCAGCGACCCGCAGGGACUGGUGAUGGAGUACAUGGAGACGGGCUCUCUCGAAACGCUCCUGGCCUGUGAGCCUUUGCCCUGGGAGCUGCGUUUCCGAAUCAUCCACGAGACGGCGGUGGGGAUGAACUUCUUGCAUUGCAUGAACCCACCACUUCUUCAUCUUGACCUGAAACCUGCCAACAUUCUGCUGGACGCACAUUACCACGUCAAGAUUUCUGACUUUGGGUUGGCAAGGUGGAAUGGCUUUUCCAGAAAUGACGAUAUAAGCCGUGAUGGUUUCUGUGGGACGAUUGCAUAUCUCCCUCCAGAACGAAUCACUGAGAAAGAUCGAAUAUCUGACACCAAACAUGAUGUGUACAGUUUUUCCAUUGUUAUCUGGGGAAUUCUUACACAGAAGAAGCCGUAUCAAGGGGAAAACAACAUCCUGCACAUAAUGGUGAAGGUGGUAAGGGGAAGUCGUCCAGAUUUGGGGAUUAUCCCUCGCAGUCGUCCACAGGCCUGCUCCGGGUUCCUGACCUUAAUGCAGAAGUGCUGGGCACAUUCUCCAGAGGAAAGACCCAGUUUUCAAGAAAUCACAUCAGAGGCUGAGGAGUUGUGCAGUAAACCCCAUGAGGAGUCGAGGCCUUCAGUUUCUUCAGAAGCCGAAUGUUCGCCCUGCCCUACCCCAGCCUCCAGUGAACAGACCAACAACCAAAAGCCAGUGAGGCCGAAGUCAGCCAUGUUACCCGAGAAGGACUGCAGCCUCUCCGAACUGCUGACUCAAAUCGACUCGGGCUUCUCACGCAGUUUCAGCAACGUCAAAGAAGAAUCCCUCGAGAGCAAAGACAAUACCAGCAAGAGAUUGUCAGGCAUCUCCUCCGUCGACUCCGCUUUCUCAUCUCAAGGCUCCAUUACUUUGUCCUUUGAGAAGGAAAAUGCAGUCAAUGACUCCAGUGAAAUACAGAAGAAGAAACUUUGUGAUGCUAUUCGCACCGAAGACAUCGCCAAGCUGAUGAAGAUCCUCCAGCCGCAGGAUGUCGACUUGCCGUUGGAGGGUGCCUGCAACUUGCUUCACUUUGCAGUGUCUCUGGCCAACGAGGAGGCUGUAAAAUUUCUGUUGCUUAGCAACUGCAAUCCGAAUUGGCAAAAUGGCAAUGGAGCCACACCCCUUCACCUGGCCGCCGAAAAGCGACUGAAAGGAGUGGCUGAGAUCCUCCUAAGCCGCAAGACGACUAACGUCAACGCCAAGGAUGAGGACCUGUACACGCCUUUGCAUUUCGCAGCCCAAAACGGAGACGAGGCCCUGACACGUAUACUGUUAGACCGCUGCGCCUCCAUCAACGAGGUGGACGCUCAGGGUCGCACGCCGACGCACAUCGCCUGUCACCACGGACAGGAGAACGUGGUCAGGGUCUUGCUAAGUCGCGGUGCGGACGUCCACGUCAAAGGGAAAGACGAUUGGACGGCGCUGCACCUUGCUGCCUGGAAAGGGCAUCUGGGAAUCGUGAAGCUCCUGGUGAAGCAAGCAGGUGCCGACGCAGACGGCCAGACAUCAGACGGUCGCACGCCGCUCCAUCUGGCAUCACAGAGGGGUCAGUAUCGAGUGGCGCGGAUCCUCGUCGAGCUCGGCGCUAACGUCCACCUGACGUCCGACGGCCUUCACACUCCGCUUCACAUAGCUGCAGACACCGGCCACACCAGCACUUCCAGGUUACUCGUGAAACACGGCGCCGACAUCCACAGCCAAACAGCAAACGGUUGCACCGCUUUGCACCUGGCUGCCCACAAAGGCCACCUGGCCACAGUUAAAAUGCUUCUGACGGAGGGCGCCGACCCUCAGAGCGGGAACCACGCUGUUCGCACGCCGUGUCACCUGGCUGCCGAGUUCGGUCACUGCGAGGUCCUCAAAGAGCUUCUGCAGGGUCGCCCCGAGUUGGCCAACGCUCCGGACAAGGACGGAUUCACGCCGCUUCACUUUGCCGUACGCGCCGGCCACAAAGACCUCAUUUGCGCCCUGCUCGAAUGCGGUGCCGAUGACGCGCCUCUUUCUCCUCAACCCGUCACAGAGGGUACGCCAGAGCACACGUCAGAAUCCGAGCCCGAAAGUCCGGUUCCUCUAACCCCGAGGAAAGUGGUGAUCCUGAAACUCACUAGCACCAAACGCAAAGAUGCCAAACAGAUCCCUGUAGACUCGCUAUGCGAAACGGCCACUUGUUGAAGGCUCAUCCUGGCCUCGGACUAUAGGAACGUUUCGUGAAUCUCUCUCUCUUUAUGCUCAUAGACACUUUCUCCCACUUGUUAACAUUCCUACUUUUGACUGAUUCAUGCUAGAAAAGAGGGACUCUUCUUAUCCGGUGGGAUUUAUUGUACAUAUUGUAAUUAUUUGGUUGUGGCCAUUUGGAAUAGCAACAUUUAUAUUAUAUAUUUGUCCAGGGGUUCGAGCUCUCAUUGGCUUUCCGUCUUAAUACUACUGUUAUAUUGCGAUUGGAAAUGCGUUCAUGUAUAUAUAUCAUUACUGUAGAUAGAGCCUGUACUUCCUUUGCCAUAGUCCACUCCCUGUUGUUUUCGUGCCAUUGUUUAUCCAUUCCUGUUUUUGUUACGCGUCUCAGAUUUCACAAUCUCAUUCUUCUACCUGUCACCAGAGUACAUUGAUGAUUAAUGUAGCCUCAAGCCAAACCUUCUCCGCCCCACUCAUAUACAACACUUCUCAAAAUGGCACUUCAAAAAAUUGAGAUUUGGAGCUGUUCGGCGGUUAACCAACCGGUACAGUGUUUUGCCAAGGCUUUUACUAAGAUUUAUAUACAAGUAAAACAAGGUCUGUGGUUUAUAUUAGUUAAAAAUGGUUUCUCAAUUCUACCAUUGGCUACAUAAAAAUUCCAAUGGUUAUUGUACCAAAUUACACACAGAGACAACUCUCAGUCCUAGCAUAGUCAAUAACUUCCGUUUUAAAAGCGCACAUGGUUGCAAAAUUAAAGUGGUAGUUCAGCCAAAAAUGUAUAUUCUGUCAUCACUUACUCAAGUUGUUACAAACCUGUGUAUAUUUUUAUACUUUUAUAAAAGUUUUGCUGAACACAAAGAAAUAUAUUUGUAAGCAAGCAGAAAACAGAAGCACCAUUGACUUCCAUAGUAGGAAUGCAAAAUACGCAAUGGUGCCCAAAAACCGUUUGGUUAUAAACAUUGCUCACAAAAUAUCUUCCUUUGUGUUUAGCAAAACAAAGAAAUGUAUAAAGUUUUGAAAUAACAUGAGUGCGAGUAAAUGAUGACAGAAUUUUCAUUUUUGUAUGAACUAUCCCUUUAAAGGGACACUUUUUUUGAAAAUAUGCUCAUUUUUCAGCCCCCCUAGAGUUAAAAAAUUUGAGUUUUACCGUUUUGGAACCAAUUCAGCUGAGGUCUGGCGGUACCACUUUUAGCAUAGCUUAGCAUAAUCCAUUAAAUCUGAUUAGACCAUUAGCAUUCCGCUUAAAAAUAAAGAUUUUUUUUCCUAUUUAAAACUUGAAAGUUACCAAGGGGACUAUUUCCGGGCGCUGCGUAAAAUCAUUGCGCCUCCUGCAGCCAUGGUACGGCAGCAAUGUCCCUAAUUAUUAAGCCGGAAUGAGAGUAUAGUUCCUAUAGGAACUUUUCUAGAGAAAAUUUGAACUUUUAGUACACGAUGAAACUACAGAAGAGUCAAGUUUUAAAUAGGAAAAAUAUCAAAACUCUGGUCAUUUUUGAGCGCGAUGCUAAUGGUCUAAUUAGAUUCAAUGGAUUAUGCUAAGCUAUGCUAAAAGUGUUAGCACCAUACAUGGAGAUCGGCUGAAUUGAUUCCAAAAAGGUAAGCAGCAAAUGUUUAACUUUAGGGGAGCUGAAAAAUGAGCAUAUUUUCUAAUAAAAAGUGGAGUGUCCCUUUAACAUGCACUCUAAAUAAUGCUGGGUUAUUUUUCAACCCACAAUGGGGUCAAAAAGGGACAAACCCAGCCGUUAGGUUAAAUUAACCAAUACAAUGCUUAUUUAACCCAACAAUGGGUUAAAGCAACCAAGCAUAGGUUAAAUUACAACCCAAUUGGUUGGGUUCGUCCCUUUUAGACCUGUAAUGCUGGGUUGAAAAUAAGUGUAGCUUAUGCUGUAAAACAAAAUGGGGAAAGGUUUAAUUAUUGUAAAUUACAGACCUUUUUUAACUAACUUAUAUACAUUUAUGCAUUAUGUCAAAAAGCCUAUUUAAAAAUCCAGUUUCAUUUUGCAGAUAAACUAAACAGCUUCCGUAAAUAAUGUUUCAUCGUAAAGUUAAGAUAAGUUAAAAUAUGUUCACAUCAGUCAUUAUACUAUCAGCUCAUUCAUCUCAUGAUACAGCAGCUCAAAUCUCAGCAGCUCAAAUAGCAGCACUGUGAGGUCAAUUAUAUUCUUUAAAUGGUUAAGUCAAUAGUACUAAUGGAGGUGAGCUUUUAUAGAGCUAUUUGGCUCGUAUCAUGGGAACAUGCCCCGAGGAGGAUCGCAGGUGUGGGUAGACAUUAUGAGGGGAGGAUUGUAUCCCAUGUACCCUCAUGUUCGGGCCAUUGGCUCAUUCCUAAGACCACUUUAUCUUUUCAUCGCUGCUUAAAUCCCCUACGCAGAGCCUUUUUCGUGCCAAGGGGUGCAUAGCUGUCAUUACUCUUUACGUCUGAAACAGACAGCCCGAUAAUUGCCGAGAUCUUUAAAAUCUCUGUUUGCAGAGAUCCGCAGAACUAUUGAACUCUGGGUUGUGAAUGGCUUUUGUGUUUGUGUUGCAUCUGUGUAUGCGUCUGUACUAACUAAAUCUUCUGUAGCAGAGUAUUGAGCUAUUCAAUGCCAACACCUCCCGCUUGACUCCUGUAGUUGAUAAAGCUGCCUUGUUCUUCUUUUGUACAGAUGAAAAUAUUUGUCACUUAUCAAUAGCGUUUGCACAGUUUUAUAUUUGCACAGUUUUAUAUUUGAUGGAAAAUUAAAGUGCGUCCCAUGUAUUUAAAAGUA